UGACGCUCUUCAUCCAUCUCGUAAUCCGAUAUGCAAUAGAUCCGGCAACCUCGAGGCGCGUUGGACUGGUUCUUCUGACCAAAUACCAGUUACACACCCGUCUAAAAAACCAAAUCCUCAGUCUCAUCCACCAUUUUAAACUUGACCGCCAUUACGACAAAAAACUCUACUAUGGACGCCCGGAGCUGCAGCUGAUGAUCGAUACCGCAAUGCGGAGCAAGAACAUGCGACUGGUCAAAAUGAACGUCAUCUUAAGGGUCCUCUUUCCGUUUUAUAUGACGUCUCGGCCGUCUUCGAUGGGCCCAUUUUGCAAAGAAUAUGCAGACCUUGGUUACUACCUCAAAUUGCGGAAUCUACGCAUUUAUCGACGCUCACGCCUAGUUUGGACAAUAGCUAUAAAUUUUCGCAACUACAAGGGUAAUAAUUCCUUCCUCACCAAGGAACAGACCUUUUACUUGGAGUCGGUCACUCGUCCCCACAACCUCACAUUUUGUGUUGUUACCUGGAUGAUGACCUACCUGUACGCUAUAAACGCAUUCAAGAAAAAGUUCGAGUCAUUGCGGGCAUUGUUUGAUUGCGAAGACGGUGAGGUCGAAUUGGACGAGGACGUGGAUGAAUGGGCAUGCUUCCCGGCCAUCAAGCAAGGCGGUCGAGAAUUUAUCGAAUUCACACGGCCCGCUACCGCAGUCGCUAUUUCAGCCUCCACCGGUUCCCUUUGCAAGAUGUCUGGCUUGGCCACCGUCGGCAAUUAUGCUGUCCGGCGAGACACUGGUGAUAAAUUCAACCUCAUGUUUGACGAAGCAACCGCCCGAAUGGUAAUGGCUCACGAAACCGACUCGAUCUUUCGAAAUCAUUACAGUAAAGAAACCGAGACUGUGGAUGUUGUAGGGGCAAGAAUAGGUGAGGCUGAAGGCGUCAAAGUACAGUGAUAAUUUCCCACCACUUGAUCAUUUGCUCACUCUUGACUGCAGAUCAUAGUAGAACGACAAGCGUAUCUCCGAUGUGCCGUCCGUACUAUC